GCUUUCACCCCUCCGCGAACGUGGUACUGGCGAGCCGGGCGAGGGGAAAGGAGGGCUCAGCGGAGACUGGUCGCACCCCGGAGACACGCCGCCCCUCGGCGGGAGCCACUCCCAGCCGGCCGGCAGUGUGGCGGCGACGGUGACCCGGGACAGACCCUCGCCGGAGACAGGAGAUGUGACCUCCGACACACGACACAUACACACACACACGCGACAUGCACCCCACGGACAGGCACGGAGCGCUCGACCUCAACCUCAACAACGACCUCAUGCUGAAGACCAUCCAGGAGCUGUGCUGCCACGGCGCCGGCUUCACCGUGGACCACAUCCUGCACGGCCGCGCGCCCGCCGCCUCCGACUCCGACGACGAGGAGCGCGGCGACACGCUCACCGAAGACCUGGAAACCGGCGCUCAGCUGCAGCAGAAGAAGCCGCUGCUCAAGUUCAGUGUCAGCGCCAUCCUGGGAGAGGACGCCGACUCCGCCAGGGGGCCCGGAGACUUCAUGUCAUAUCCAGAGUACCGCCAGCCCGUGCUGGGCAGUCCGUGGCCUAUCGCCAAGCCGAUAGCCAGCCGGCCGAUCCCUCUCCAGCACCAACACCUGCAGCACCUCCUGGCUCACUGUCACCAUCCCUACCUGGUCCGUCCCGCGCAGGCUCACACCCAGGUGUUCCCACUCCCCGGAGGCUUCCCAUGGGCUCACAGCUCCAGAGGCAAACCCCGGCGCGGUAUGAUGCGCCGCGCGGUGUUCUCCGACCUCCAACGUAAAGGUCUGGAGAAGAGAUUCCAGCUCCAGAAGUACAUCAGCAAGCCGGACAGGAAGAAGCUAGCUGAGAAACUGGGCCUCAAGGAUAGUCAGGUGAAGAUCUGGUUCCAGAACCGUCGCAUGAAGUGGAGGAACUCCAAGGAGCGCGAGCUGCUCGCGUCUGGCGGCUCCCGGGAGCAGACCCUCCCCAACAAGAACAACCCCCACCCGGACCUGUCCGACGCGGAGGUGGACCGCCACAAGCUGUCUCCACCGCCCGAUGACGACAAGUACGGGCCCGCGCCCACACACGCGCCCGAGCCCCGGGGCUUCAGGGAGCACGCCUUCACCGCCGCGGACGAGGCCGACGAGUACUACAGCGAUCCCAGCGCCUCCGACGAGGAGAUCAACGUCACAUGACUUGUAUAGAGACGGAGCCGGCCUCAGGACAGGGGGAGGGGGGGAGGGUGACGAUGACUUCUGAUAAUGAUGUUGCUUACCACGAGUCUGGUCUCCAACUAAAUACUGACAGUACUCAGUUUCUCAUCCGUACAUCAGUUAAUAUCAUCUCGUGACGAGUUUUAUGAGUGGAAUACUGGAAACUGUCCGUGUUGAGUGUGACGCAGACAGGCAGACAGUAGUAAGGAUGAUCCACAGCAGUCUGUCUCGAGCUCCGCGCGAGUCCUCGUCCUCGCCCUCGCCCCUUGUGCUGUAACUGUUGUAGUUCUAAAAUAUAAUUUUAACGCGAAACAUAUUUUAGUGUUUUAUAAAUUAAAUUAUCUGUUGUAUUGUAAAUAUAGAUGUAACUCCACGCUGGACUUUAUUUGCUCAAAACAAAACAGAAGUCUUAACGCUGUCCACAGGCCACAGCCUCAGUGGGAGACGUAUACUGUCAUUGACUCACGACUCAUCCGUUCAAUGUUUCUAGAUCACGUUAACUUGAAUACUUACAGUUCGAUCGUAAUAUUCGAAUCAUUACGACGACGUAUGAAUGUAUAAUAUGGUCAUUGUUCAUAUUGCACUGUCCCAAGUAUGAGUCGCCGUCGUCUCCCGACACACCGACGGUCGCGAGUAACGUUCAUACUGUCGGUUUGCCAGGUGGACGAUCGUAUCUCGUACUACGGAUACAUCGCACAGAUUAUAUAAGUAUUGAAGACGGAUCGGACACGGCUACUGCUAUAAUUUUCGGUAACUGUAACACUCACUAUUGACUACUAGUGACUAUUCUUUCCAUGCAAACGGGAACACGGACAAACUGAUAGUUCGCAGUCGCGGCGCCAGGCUGCCGUUCCGUCUUCAGCUCGUACUAAUCUCUAUAUUAUUAUUAUAACUAGAAUGUAUCUGUGAACGCACCAACAUGUAAAUAUUAUUUAAGAAUUAUCUAAAUUUUAUGUGAAAAAUAAAUAUUACGAUUCCAAAA